AUGGUGUCCUUUAAGGAUUGUGCGCCGAAUGUCAAAGCCAAUCAGUUACCUGCUCAUGGUAACUCUUCUAUGAAUAUGGUGGAGGGUUGUCUCGGUAAGUACAAUGUUUUUGAUGUUCGAUGUAUCCGAAGGUAUUUGGUAGAGAUGCAUAAAACUUUGUGUCUGAUUAGUGACUGUGAGCAUGAUCACGAUGGUUGCACCAUUUGCAGUGUUAAUUCACGUGGGUGUAUGAUUGUGAAAAGGGCCAUUCCAAAGAUGAUAGAUGAAGGUAUGAUUCAAAUCAACCAAGCCAGAGAUUUGGGUGAUGAUGUGAAUGUGAUUGUGCCAGUUUUCAAGACUCCAGAACCAGUGGUAAUCCUGUUUGACAGUAGUAAAAGAAGCAAUAUAUCGGUAUCACCAUUAGUGAUACGGUUGGCGGGCCCAGUCCUGUACGCAUCCGAUAAAGCUGUGCCAUACAAGUAUGAUGCUACUAUGAUUAAAGAUGGGAAAAAGGUUCCUCUUCUCGCAAUUAAUUCAGUAGUUAGAAUUAUUGAUGUUGUCAAGGUGACCCGAAAUGGUCGAGUAUUUAGUCCGGUAUCCCCGAAGGUUGUGGAGGAUGUAGUAGUUGGGAAGAAAGCCGAGGUGGUUGUUCCUGUGGUUGAUCCUGUUAAUGCUCCAAUCUUCCAGUCUGGUGAAUCUAGCAGUUUGAAGAGUAAGGAUGAUAAUGAUGAAGUUCUCCGUUUGAUUAAGAAGAGUGAGUUUAAUGUCGGGGAGCAGUUACUCCAGAGGUCCUCUAAGAUUUUUGUGUUAUCUCUGUUGAUGAAUUUUGAAGCACACCGAGAAGCGUUGCAAAAGAGUUUUUACGAUGAGGAGCUUCCAGAGGAAGGCAUGAAUCAUAAUUUGGCUCUCCAUACAUUUAUGAAUUGUAAGGAGGAUGCUUUGUCCAACAUCUUGGUAGACAUUGGUUCAUCUUUGAACAUUAUACCCAAGUCUACGUUAGCUAGUCUAUCUCAUAAAGGAGCAUCGAUAAGAUAUAGUGGUGUAAUGAGUAUCCACCCGACCUAUAGUUGUUUAUCGGGUAUGCCAUGGAUUCAUGAAGCAAGUGCUGUCACAUCGACUCUACAUCAGAAGCCCAAAUUUCUCAAGAAUGGGAAGUUUGUCAUUGUUGGAGGUGAGAAAGCACUAUUGGCGAGCCACUUAUCAUAUUUCACGUAUGUUGAAGCCGAGGAAGAGGUUGGAAUUCCAUUCCAAGCUUUGUCUGUGGCUAAUGUGAUCCAGAAGACUGUGGAAUCCAUGUCUUCUUUGAAAGAUACGCGAGAAAUUGUUCAGGCUGAUGACACAGUGUUACCACAAGAAAUUAGUAAGGCAUGUUGA